GACAAAACCCCAACAAAUCAGCUACCACAUCCGGGUUAGACUUACGACCUUGUAGUGGAUCGUUAUGGCGGCCAUCGUAAGGAUAAGUUCUCUCUGCCACAGAGGUGUCAAACCUCUGUUUCAUCGCAGCUCUCUUCUCCUACGACCCCUGGGAGUACAGCAAAAGGACCAAGAUCGUCCCUACCAGUUGACCGCUAGGAUUCAUGGAUCCCCUUCUCUAUAUUCUGGCUCUGGGUCCAAAGCUGCCUCCCUGCAUUGGACUGGAGAGCGUGUGGUGAGCGUAAUGCUGCUGGCUUUGGGGCCUGCUGCUUACUACAUUCCUGGCCCUGCUAUUGACUACUCGCUGGCUGCUGCCAUCACCCUGCAUAGCCACUGGGGGAUUGGACAAGUGUUAACAGACUACAUUCACGGAGAAUCAAAGAUCAAGGUGGCCAACGCAUGCCUGUUCCUGUUGUCAACUGUCACCUUUGCCGGUCUUUGCUACUUCAACCACAAUGAUGUGGGCAUUUGCAAAGCAGUGGCCCUCUUAUGGAGCAAAUGAUUGGACUGAAGCUUCGGUUGAGCACUGAGACACCAACAUUGUGUUCUAGUAUGAUUGUAAACAUUCAAGGGAUUAUAUGUCAAUGAUAUAAAUACAUCAUUUUUGGCUAUUACAGUGAUUCAGUUGUUUUAAUUGUAGUUCAUGUUGUGUUUGGGAGACUUUAUAGAGGUAUGCAUUAGGCAUCAAUGGGUCUCUCUUUGGCAUGCUAAUCAUUUACUCCUCUUGAUUUUUAUGAUCUAGGCUAAACACAGUUAUCCCCUGACCUUCAGACCUCUAUCAAACACACAACUAUUUGCUAUAAUUUGUUAAAUGUUAUACCUGAGUGUUUCCCCCCCCCAUUUGUUAAUGAAUGUUAAGAUAGAAAUGUAUUGUGUCAUACCAACUCAUGUUGGUGGAAUAGACCGUGCUGUCAUGGUUGUUCAAUGCAUUUCUAUCUGCAAUGUUCUAAACACCAAGUACAAUUUGGUUAUCAACCUGGUAAUAUUCCAAACAGUUACGUAAGGCUUAUUAUGCAAGGUUUUGACAGUAAUUUACACAUUUGGCCGGAUUUCUUUGGGGGCGGGAUCUGUAUAUUAGCAUCGUUUUAAAGUGUCAUGGACCAUGCCAACCACAGCACCGCAAUCUGCAGUAGGCUCUCGGACCCACAACCUGGGACAAAUAUAUUAUGCUGAAUUUUGGUUCCUCCAGUAUGACAAAAUCUCUCACCACAUCUCUCUGCACCUACUUUGACUUAAAAUCAUCAUAGAAUAGUUGGGUGAUACAAAUGGCAAUCCUUGUCAUUAUCAUAAAUUGAUGCAAGAACAAUAAAAUUGAACAGUUAUUGCAGUUGAUUUAUUAACCUUUAACUACUUGUUUGUUUUAGCCAUCACCCAGUAACACAUUAGUGAGCUUGCUUCAUUUCCAACUUCACAUUUCUCUAGUAUAGUCUAAUUGGAAGUAACAGUUUCAGCGGUAUGGUCAUUUUAAGUUUAUUGUACCAGGUCAAUUAUGUAGCCAUUGCAGUCUUAUGUCAGUCACUAAUCUAAAUACCUUAUACUGCCCCUUGAAGGCCAAAUAGCAGUCAUUAAUGUUGCUUAGUGCUACAAAUGUACGUUGCUUGACCUUUCAUGUCCAGUUUGAUUGACAAGCAAAUGGGUGUGACCAGUGGCAGUAUCAAAGUCAUAAUAGCUGUACUGUUCUGAACCUCAGGUUCAUUCAAAAGAUGUUAUUUUAUAAAAUGUUCAUCAUUCUGAACUUUUUCACCUUAAUAAACACAUCUCUAGGUUAAGCAUCCAAGCUUAUUUAAAAAUCUGUGACAAUAUCCUUGUUUUGUAAUGUGCCUAAUUUACCAAUGGUGUGCUUGGCAUCAUAUUCCUACUUGAGUAUCUGUCAAAUGUAACUUUCUUAACUCCAUUUCUCAACAUGAUCCUGUGUCAGCAGAUGUUGUCCAAGUGUCCACAAGUGAAGGAUAGUUGCCAUUAAAUAUUCUAUAUAACAUUCAGCAAACACUAAAGGUGCAUUCACUUGGCCAAAAUGGCAAAGAGCUUUAUUUCUGAACUCUUCGGCAGGAAGUAUUACAGUAUGUUUUUGUGUUAAGAACAAUGAAGGUCUUGGUGUUUGUCCUUAUAUUGGUCAUGUAAAUGUCUCUGAAAUGGCUUUGAAAAUUCAGCUUUGUUUGUAUUAGGUUUCAGUUAACUAUCCAAAUCUGUCAUGUCCAAUUUUUACAUAUUUUGUUUUGUGAAAAAUAAUGCACCUUAAACCUCAUCAAAAUAAAGUGGAUAUUAUGUACAA